AUGAAGCUGGACGACAUUUUGAUAAAACUUGGAGAAUUCGGAUUAUAUCAGAAAUACUUGUAUUUAAUGAUAUGCUGGACCUCUCUUUUUUCCGGAAUAUAUGCUUUGAUGUCUGUGAUAUUCCUCAACAUUCCUGAUCAUAGGUGUAAGAUUCCAGGCCUUGAGAAUGACACGUACGAUAUACACAGUACCUUUCAACAGAGCCUUGUCAACAACUACAUACCUCCCCCAUCGGAUGAUGACACCAAAGAUUAUGAUCAGUGCCAUCUGUACUCGUUUGAUUACAACAAUGUCAAGUUCGACAACUCCAGUAGACCAAUCAACGCUUCGCUUAUUGAAUGUAGUGAGUGGGUAUACAGCGACUCCGUGUUUAAGGAAACGUUUGCUUCGAAGUUCAACAUUGUGUGUGGUGAUAAACAUCUAACUUCAUUGAUUAAGUCUCUCUUCUUCGCCGGGAAGCUCAUUGGUGCCAUCAUAUUUGGCAAUCUCUCAGAUGCAUUUGGGCGGCGAAUGACGUUUAAUGUUUCCCUUAUGAUGAUGGUUGGAUUGACGUUCGGAAUGUCUUGGUCCCCUUCCUAUGUUGUAUAUGCUAUCAUCAUGACGGCUAUUGGUGCCACUACCCAAGGAGUCUUUCCGGUUGGAUUUGUUCUCGGUGUUGAGUUAGUUGGCCCCUCAAAGCGAAAGUAUGCUGGAAUAGUUAUCGAGUAUUUUUUUUCGUUGGGUUUAAUGAUUCUGGCCGGUAUCAGCUAUUUUGCCCGACAUUGGUAUUACAUCAACAUCAUUUGUUCCGCUCCAGCAUUCAUUUUCAUUUUCUAUUGGUGGUUGAUUCCCGAAUCACCACGUUGGUUGAUCAGUAAACAGCGAUAUGAAGAUGCUAACAAAGUACUUCAAAAGGCUGCUAAGGUCAACAAAGUGGUAAUAGAAAAGAAUCUAUUCGAGAAAGAGAUAGUGAGUGGCACGCCUGAACCGACUGGAAGAGUAUGGCAGCUGUUCUCUACACGUGUCAUGUUACUGAGAACUCUCGUUAUCCUCUUUAAUUGGUGCAUAGUGAGUAUGAUUUACUAUGGGCUGUCUCUAAAUGCUGGCAACCUCGGUGGGGAUUUUUACCUGAACAUGUUUUUAUCUGGACUAGUGGAAAUUCCGGCUAAUACCAUGGUCCUACUUUUAGUGGAUCGAGUUGGCCGGAAAAAGUUGUAUUGUCUCAGUAUGAUACUUGGUGGAUGUGCAUGUGCUUCGACAAUAAUUCCGAUUCUGUACGGUGAAAUUGAAAACCAGGUUAUUAUCACAGUGCUUGCUAUGAUUGGUAAGUUUGGUGCUACUGCCUCAUUCAAUACGAUCUACUUUUACUCGGCGGAGUUAUUUCCAACUGUAGUAAGGAAUGCUGGGAUGGGUGCGAGUUCCUGCGCCGCCAGAGUCGGAGGAAUUGUAGCCCCAUACAUAGCAGACUCG